AUGGCAGACGCAGAGAGCACCCACCGUCUCGCACGUGCAGCGGUGCGGACUCUCUGGCUCUUCCAGGCCCUUACCGGCGGUCUCCUCUCUCUCCUCUGGGCCGUCGACAUAUUGCGGGAGACCCGUAACCCCAGCUACGGAUCCGAUGCCUACCAUGCCACAAAGGAACUCUUCCUGGCUAUCCUUGCAGCCGUGAUAGUGUAUGCUGUCAUUGUUCAGUGGCAGUAUCCGGACCCGCUCCCCAAGAUUACCGCCAGGUUUGAGCUGGCGAAGGGACUGCUCGCCACCGCCGUGUGGCUCUAUCUGCUUCUGGAUGCCAUCCUCUACAUCCCUGACUACGACCCAUACUGCAGGCGCGUCUUCUUUUAUCCGACUGUAUUUUGGAGCGCGAGAUUGGCCCGCAAAGCUAGGAAGCAGGAGACAGCAAUUGGGGGUGACACGACAGCGGGCGAGAACACACCUUUGCUGCGAGGUGUAUAA